AUCAGGAAAACGAAACAAACAGUCGGAGUUUCCCGAGAAAUCAGAAGCUCCGAAAGUCAGAAAUCAGCGGGUGUCAGCUUUUAAGAAAGCCGCAUCUCGGAUUGGAGGACAGCUGGUCGCCACCGCCGUGUCUCCACCUCUGAACUGGUUUAUCUCUCUUCGGGCUCCGAAAACGACCACUGGACCGACCUGAGCCGAACGAACCGAACCUGCAUCACUAAAAAGAAAUGGCUCACUCAAAACCCCUGCUGAUCCCAUGGCUCAAGUCCAGCAUUGACAGUAAGAGGUAUCCAGGUGUCCAUUGGACCAACCCUGAGCAAACCGAGUUCUGCAUCCCAUGGAAGCAUGCGCUGAGACAGGACUCCUCCAAUGAGGAUGUUCUCAUCUUUAAGGCCUGGGCGGAGGCGAGCGGGAACGGCCCGGCUCAGGGAGACCCCUCAGUCUGGAAGAGGAACUUCCGCAGCGCCCUGAGAGCGAAGGGCUUCAAAAUGGUGUCCGACAACAAGAACGAUGCCGCCAACCCACAUAAGGUCUACCGCUGGCCGGAGGAGUCAGCGUCAGGAGCCCGAAUCCCGAAUUCGUCUGAAUCCCAGAAGCAAGAAGACGCCAAUGUUCUGAAUGGCUAUAAUCCCCAGGGGAGCGGGGUUGUGCCAUUCUUUAAUGUACCUAUUUAUAAUCCAGAGGACAUUCUGAUCCCAGCAGAAUGCCCAGGCAGCCAGGACAUCCUCCAGGAGUGUCUGAGAGGACUGAAUAUCGGCCCUGGAGCAGAGGGCACCACAGGCUUUCAGCCUCCUACUGAGCAACAGCAGCUGCAGAAUCAGCUCGUGAUUGGUGCGCACCCGUUGCCCGGGCAACAGCAGGAUCCAGUGAUGUUUGAGGGUGCAGCCCGUGAAACUGGGUUGCCAGAGCAACCGGCACGUCCAGCGGGGGGGGUGACGGCGGAGGGGGCGGGCGACGGGCAGCAGGCAGCGCAGUUCCUAGAAACGGUGAACCAGACCAGAGAUGGAGAUCAUUUCAAGACCGAUUUCCGGGUGACUGUGUUCUACAGAGGGGUGAAGGUGUCUGAGCGGGAGGUUCGCAAUGAAGCUGGACUCCGCUUAGUUUACAGGCCUGAUCUAAACGAUCCAGUUUUGGAUCCUGAGACGGGCCUCUCCAUCGUCUCUCUGCCGCGCCCAGUAGGCAUCCUGGAUCAAACCCAGGCCUCUCUGACCCAAAGGAUCCUGGACAACCUGGGCAGCCUGGACGUGGGCAUGUCGCAGCACGUCAUCUACGGCCAGCGGUGCGGCGAGGUCAAAGCCUACUGGAGUUUCUCCAAGUUUGACAGCAGCAGACAGCCGCGCGAGAUUUCUAAACUGAAUCCUGAGCUUCUUUACCAGGUGAAGGACUUCAUCCGAGGAUUAAUGGACUUUUUUGAUGGGAAAGAAUCCCCACCAUCCUCCAUGUUCUUCUGUCUCGGGGAAAAGUGGCCUGACCCAGAAAACAAGCCUUGGGAGAAAAAACUCAUCAUGGUGGAGGUGGUUCCGACUUCAAUGGAGCUUCUGAAGAACGCGGCUGUUGAGUGUGGCGCCUCCUCCCUGCGGUCUGUGGAACUGCAGAUGUCACUCGAGGAAAUGAUGGAUCUUUACUGAAAUGAUGGAUCUUUACUGAUGAGUUUUUUUCCCUCUUUCAAUGUGAGAACAUCUCAGUUUAUUAUGUUUUUUAUUCGAUACCAAACAGAUCCUGCAGAAAUAAUCACCACAUUGUCCCGCUGAGAUGGCACAAAGGCACA